AUGGCCUCGCGCAUUCCACUAUCCAUCAAUACCAUCGCAAAAGAGGAGGAAGAGGAAGAGCGCGCACCAGUCCAGCCAUACGACGCUGGCUCCAAGGCCCACCCAUUCCCCUACGCCCUCGUCGUCGGUGUUGAGCGAUACCCAUCCAAGAUCACCCGACGAAUGGGCACCAAGAAGGUCGAGAAGCGAAGCAAGGUCAAGCCAUUCAUCAAGACCGUCAACUACAACCACCUCAUGCCCACCCGCUACACCCUCGAGCUCGAGGGCCUCAAGGGUGCCGUCACCAACGACACAUUCAAGGAAGUUUCCCAGCGGGAGGAGGCAAAGAAGACCGUCAAGAAGGCUCUGGAGGAACGAUACACCAGCGGAAAGAACCGAUGGUUCUUCACCCCUCUCAGAUUCUAA